CGUGGAGAUGAACGUGCCUCGACCGGCUUAUGAAAUUAGGAGACAUUAGUGACAUUUGUGCGUGAUACUCGGGCGUUGUGCCAGUCACCCCCCUCCCCCCAAACCCCGAAAGCAAGGCCUCUGGUUCACUGAGGGAGGGAGUGGGACGGGCCUUGGUUUCAGUGCAGGAUAUUUACAAGAGGACUCUAACUUCCUCAAACUGGAGCUGCAGAGAGGACAAGGCAGGAAAAAAAAACACACAGUACUACUGUACUUCCUCCACUGGCUCUUGUAAAAGAAUAGACCGGCGGACCACACCCUCGACGGGACGCCUCACCUGAGCUGAGUCACCAGCACACGCAUCGCGGGCCACACAAAGGCGACAGCAGCUCGGCUGACUUUCUCACACACGUCUGCGUGAAAGUGCUACGUGCACAGCGCAGACUUGACUGGCGAAAAGCGAAACAAGCGCAGGAACGAGGGACAUGGCAUCGACCGACACGGACUUCUUCAUCAAGUCGGCGCUGCCCGCACCGCAAGGCGCCGCGCUGCUGGCUGACGACACGAGCCUGGCGCUCCCGCCAGAAGGGGAGAUGUGCGGCGCGCGCGGGCUUUCGGCCGACAGGAGCUCGCGUGUCCAGCGCCAAGUGCAGCUCACGCUCACGCGGAAGAGCGCGAGGAAGCCGCCCAACGGGAUCCUGCAAUCGCAGGACCCCACCAGCACAUCUGGCGAUGGAAGAGGAUUCCACUAUGUAGCGCAGGACCUUGGUCAUGAAAGCGAAUGGAAGCAAAGGUGGGACACGGUCCGGAAGAGCCAGAAGGUGUCAACGUGCAGGGCGAAGGGGUCACUUGUAUCCAGCCCUGACCUGUCCGUCCAUGCUAUCCCAGGCCACAGAAUGCUCUACUCCGAAACAACGCACCAAGGGUCCUACACAUUACCCACCCACAACCUUGUUGCAUCCAGGACCUCCCAGCUGGGCAGAACAUGGGCUUCUGGCACCCCCAAACACCACUACAGCGUACAUGAAACCUCCAGGAGUGGAUUAGGGAGCAUGCGUGAGACCUUCAGGAGUGGAGUGGGAAGCAUGCAUGAAACCUACAGAGGAGCACCAGGGAGCAUGCGUGAAAUCUACAGGGGUGGAACAGGGAGCAUGCAUGAGACCUACAGAGGUGGAACAGGGAGCAUGCGUGAGACAUACUGGAGCAGAGCAGGGAGUAUGCGUGAGGCUAACAGAGGGGGUGUGGGCUGGCGCCAGCAGAGGUCCGAUGCAGACAAGCCACAGCCAGACAGCUUGGCCUUCCUGGGGACACUUCAUAAGGACAUCGGAGCCCAGAUAAACAAUCAGGGCUCUUAUGCAGCUUCUCUGGUCAGCAUGGAGGUGGACGGCCUGAUGGGGCAGACAGGCCUGACGCAGGACAUAAUCCACUCGGAAGUCCAACAGCUUCCUGGAGAAAACCUGAUUGGACAAAACCAUGAAGGACCAGGGAUGGAACUGAUGCUGGAAAGGGCUGUGAAACUACUGGGCAAGGAAACCCCCAGUGUGCAGGUUUCUGCCACAAACUAUAUUCAGCACAAGUGCUUCAUCAAUCCAGAGGCUAGGAAGAAGGUGUUGAUCCUGCAGGGUAUACCCAGACUGAUCCAGCUGUGGCACAGUGACAACGAGCAGCUCCAUAAAGCAGCUGCUGCCACUUUGCGCAACAUCGUCUUUGAGAACAAUGACAACAAAAUGGAAGUUAAGGACAAAGGUGGCAUUGAGAGCUUGCUGAGCGUGUUGAAGAGUACCAGGGACACAGAAACCAGGGAACAACUUACUGGCUUACUUUGGAACCUGUCAUCCCAUGACCUUCUGAAAGACUACCUCUGCAGAGAGGCCUUGAAGAGCCUCACAGACACAGUCAUUGUACCCUUCUCAGGCAUAGCUGAGGGAGAAAACCCAAAAGAUGACCUCCUGACUGACCCUGACACCUUUUACAAUGCAACAGGCUGUCUGCGCAACCUGAGCUCAGCGGGGCCUGAAACUCGUGGAGCGAUGCGGAACUACAUACCCCUCAUCGACGGACUGGUGCACUACGUGCAAGGAACGAUCGCGGACCACAAGCCCGAUGACAAGUCCACAGAGAACUGCAUCUGCAUUUUGCACAACCUGUCCUACCAGAUGGAGCAUCUGACCAGUGUUCACCAGUCUCUGCAGAACUUGGCCCCUAGAAGCAAGGCUCUCGGUUGUUUUGGGUCCCGCAGCAGAGACAUGGCACAGCGCUCUGAGAAGCAUCGUGCUCUUUUGGAAGAGAAGAGAAGCCCACAUGGUGUGGAGUGGCUUGGGAGCCCCAUCAUUGUACGCAUGUACCUGUCUCUCAUCGCACGCAGCAGCCGCAAAUACACGCUGGAGGCUGCCACCGGAGCGCUGCAGAACAUCACAGCUGGGAACGGGAAGCUGCCAUUUACCAUGGUCUACACCAUCGUGCAAAAGGAGAAUGGACUGCAGCAGGUGAAAAGAAUGCUACAUGAGGGUGAACCUGAUGUGAAGAGGGCAGCAGUGUCCUUACUGAGGAACAUCUCCCGCUAUAGCGAGGUGCAUGGCGAAAUUGUGCAACAGGUGUUACCCGAGCUGGUUGCAUUGCUACCCAGCUCGGAUUCCAGUGCGGACCUCCCUUCAGAGGCCGCGGUGACGGUGUGUCAGAUCCUCAUCAACCUUAGCCGGAGUGAAGGCUUCAAUGUGCGCGCCAUUGUAAACCAGGGCGGACUGGGAAAGAUCAUCAGCAUGAGCACCAAGGAGAACGGGUUCGGUCCGACCAGGACUGGGCAGGCGGCCUCGGUUCUCCUUCAUGCCAUGUGGAAACACAAAGAGCUGCAUUCGGCGUACAGAAAGGCUGGAUACAGGAAAGCCGACUUCAUUAACAGCAAGACCGUCAAAGCUCUCAAUUCAGUAGAAAAUUAGAUGGGAGAGAAUAGGCAUCUAAUGACACAUGUAAAAGUGAAGCUUUAUGUGAAACAGCCCUAUGUGAACUUUGUACAUAAAUGAUCAUUUGACUUACAGAAUACAAACCAAUAUUUAUAUUGCAGUUGUGUGGCAAGAAUCAUUUUCGGAACAAAAUCAUCUGUUACAGACAUUUUCAUACACACAUUUUCAGAACCACUUGUCCCAUACGGGGUCACGGGGGAACCGGAGC